AUGAACUUCCAAAUAGACGGCAUCUCACCCUUAACAAAGGCGACAUCGGAACAGAGAGUGCUCAACAAACUCUUGCAACACGAAGGAAUCGACCUGAAUUUCUGCAACUCUGACGGCCGAACAAGUCUUUUCUUCGCCGUGGAAUGCUCGCUAACCGAUUCAUUAAGGCUCUUGAUAGAAGAAGGGGCUCUCCUUGAUCAGAAGGAUAAUGAAGGCCGGACCUCAUUGUCACUAGCGGCAGAGGGUGGGCGUCUCGACCAUGUGAAAAUUCUCGUCGAGUCCAAGGCGGAUAUUAGUUUGCCGGAUUCCAAAAAAUGGACGCCACUAUUUUGGGCAGUUUGGAGACAGAAUAAUGAGACGGUGAAAUACCUCCUUUCAAAACAAGACGUGAACAGCGGCCAUCAAGAUGUCAACGGUCGGACACUUUUAGCAAUCGCUGCAGAGACUGGAAAUGUCGAAAUUAUAAGGUGCCUGAUCAAUGCUAAAGCGAAGAACAGGCGAAUAAGUGGGAUUGAACGCGACCUCUUGAUAUGGGUAAUAUUUCAACGGGAUAUCAUAACUGUUCAACUUUUGCUUGAGACUGACGAGAGUCUGGCUAAUCAUCGCGUGAAAGGUCGCACUCCACUUUCGAUGGCGACUGAGCUUGGAGAUUCUGGAAUAGCUAGGCUUCUCAUCAAUGCAAGGGCGGAUGUGCAUGCAUCAGAUGAAUUCAGAUGGCCCCCUCUGAGCGGGUGGCUAUUCGAAACUUACCUUCCAUCUAAUGAAAUUCUGCUGCAAAUUGAGCACUUCUCUGCCAAUUACCAUCCAACAAACCAGCCCCCAUUGUUACUUGCGGCAGAGUUUGGACGUGUCGAGAUUUUGCAGCAGCUGCUCGAUGCAAACGUCAACGUGAACUCGGAGGAUGCAAAGAAGUGGACAUCGCUCUCCUAG